AUCCGGUGCUCCAACUUUUCAUUUAACUGAGUGUUAAGCAUUUUAAAUGCAAAAUAAAUCGCGAUGCUCCUAGUUUUCAUUUAACAAAGAGUGGGGGUUGUCAACACCACCUAAUCCAUAAUUAGUGAAGUAACUCCGUAAAUUAGACGAGCAUUAAUAGGUGAAAAUGUGAGAUGGAAAAUUGCAGAAUCCCAACACAACACAGAGCAUGACAGCAAAUCACAGACCAAAGUGUUGCCAACACAGAGACAAAGGAUAAAAGGGUGAAUUCACGUCCACAACAGAGCAGACCCUCUUUCGUCAUUUCCGUCUCCACUCCACUACCUUGUCUUCCCCACCUACACUCUCACUCCCCUCACCCACACCUACAAAACCUUUCUCCAUCUCUCUCUCACCUCCAUUUCCUCUCUCUAAGCCAAAAUGAGUGUCCGAAGUGGGUCGCACCAGCUCAGUAACGGCCUCAUGGUCUCGGGCCGCCCCGAGCAGCAGCUCAAGGAGCGCCAGCCCACAAUGGGCUCACGCGCCGUUCCCUACACCGGCGGCGACGUCAAGAAAUCCGGCGAGCUCGGCAGAAUGUACGGGGUCGACCUCUCCACUGGGGACCACCACCAUCACCCGCCGCCCCCCAAGCUCCCCUCGCGCCAGCCCUCUUCCUCCCAGCAUAACAGCGGAUCUGCUAGAUCCGGCCCCAAUUCCGGCCAACUGGGGAAGAAUUCCGGGCCCAUGAGCAAGAAGUCCUCGUCCUCCUCCUUCUCCGGCCCGAUGACGCCGAUUCAGCCCACCGGCCUCAUCACCUCGGGCCCGCUCGGCUCGUCCAGCUCAAACCGGAGGUCGGGCCAGCUGGACGCGCCGGCGGCGCCGAGCUCCUUCAAAAAGGUUGCUUACGGCUCCGCAGUCACGAGUUUAGGCGACGAGGUGAGAUUAGGGUUUAGGGUUUCGAGGGUGGCAAUGUGGAUGUUUUUGGUGGUGGUGGUGAUGGGUCUGGUGGUGGGGGUGUUUCUCAUGGCCUCCGUCAAGAAGCCGAUCAUUCUGGUGGCGGUGGUGGCGGUCUUGGUGCCGAUUGUCAUGAUUUUUGUGUGGAAUUAUGCCUACAGGAAUCGCGGCGUCUUGGGAUUCUUGAACAAGUAUCCCGAUGCUGAGCUCAGGGGUGCCGUAGAUGGGCAGUUCGUCAAGGUCACCGGGGUCGUCACUUGUGGUAGCAUACCCCUUGAAACUUCUUUCCAGAAGGUACAAAGAUGUGUGUAUGCUUCCUCGGAAUUAUAUGAAUACAGAGGUUGUGGUGUAAAACCAGCCAAUGUAAAACAAAGAUGGUUCUCUUGGGGAUGCACAUAUUCGGAGAGGUAUGUUGCGGAUUUUUAUAUAUCAGAUUUUCAGUCUGGUUUGAGAGCUCUUGUAAAAGCAGGCUAUGGUGCUAAGGUUGCCCCUUUUGUUAAAUCAAAAGUAGUAGUAGAUGUCACCAAGGACUCCAGCAAAUUGUCUCCAAACUUUCUACGCUGGCUUUCUGAGCGAGGCCAGUCGAGUGAUGAUCGUCUAAUGCGGCUUAAAGAAGCAUAUAUAAAAGAAGGAAGUACCGUGAGUGUCAUGGGUGUGGUUCGACGACUAGACAACGUACUGAUGAUCGUUCCUCCUUCUGAGCCGGUCUCAACCGGCUGUCGCUGGCCAUGCUGCCUCGUCCCCACAUACAUUGAAGGCCUUACUUUGACUUGUGAUGAAAGUCAAAAUGCAGACGUGAUCCCUGUGUAAAUGAAGCAUCUUUUUUGUCUUUGGAUUUGGCGAAAAAAACACUUAAAACAGUGGAAUGGUAUGUGAGAUGUAAUGAAGAUACGGCAGAGACCACUGUGUAUAGUUGUGGUGGAAGAAGAAGAAGAAGAAGUUGAUAAGCUUGGUAGAUAUACAUUACACAUGGACAUGGUGGAGAUGGGAGCAAGUGGGGCUUCAUCGAUUGACUGUAUAGAAGCCAUCAAUCUAGGUUGAAAGGCCCGCUGCAUAUAUUCUCCAUUUCUUCUUUGACUCCCAUCAAUAUUAAAUGUGAAUUUAUUUUAUUAUCACUCAAUUAUUGUUUAAUAAGUAUUAUGUUAAUAUGAGAUUGUUGAAUUCGGCCAA